AUGCGAGAUGCAAUCAAGAAUGUUCUUCCUGAUGUGACCCAUCGGUUAUGCGGGUGGCAUCUUCAGCGAAAUGCAUGUGAAAAUAUAAAGAAUCCUAAUUUCCUACGGGAUUUUAAGGAUCUUAUAUACUACUACAACGACUGCAGAGAUUUUGAUCGAAGAUGGGUAGCCAUUUUGGAUAAGCACAACCUUGUUAGGAAUACGUGGAUGGAAAAGACUUACAAAACUCGUGCGAUGUGGUCCUAUUGUUUCUUACGGGAUAAGUUUUUCAGGUACAUAAGGACGACGUCACAAUGUGAAUGUAUAAACUCUCUCAUCAGAUUUUACGUUAAUCGCACGAAUACUCUCAUCAACUUUAUGCAUAACCUAGAUAAAGCCUUAAAGGAGUAUAGAAACAAUGAAUUAAUAGCUGACUUUAAGUCUCAGUACUCUGAGCCAGUGAUGAUUACUUUAUUGGAGGUAUAUGAAAGAUCUGCAUCAUGUUAUUUCACUCGCAACAUUUUUAAGGAAAUUCGUAAUGAGAUCCAGAGGGUAGGGGCUUUGAAUAUCAAGGUAUUAAGCAUGGUCUUGGACAAGGUUGAGUUCAGUGUAACUGCUCUCGGAGACCUGGCCAAAGAAUCAAAGAUCGACGGGUGGAAGUCAAUAGAAGUAAAAAUCUGUUCUUGUGCUCGUGCAAGCUGUUUGAAUCACGCGGCAUUCCCUGUAGUCACAUUUUCUAUGCCAUGA